AUUCAAUUAUCGCGCCAUUUGGCGGUAACAGCACACCAGUGCUGCCACAUGUCGUACUGUUUAUCAAAUUGUCACCGGCGAGUUUCAAUAUGGUCGCUGACUUUGCCUACGUACACUUUGCUGCUUUUUGUUCCCGCGUCUUUUGUCAAUUAUUUAUUGUUUAGUGUGAUAAAAAUAGUCAACAAGAUGAAUAUGUCCGUUGAGAAAAAGAAAUAUCCAUCCGCAUUACCAACAAAUUGGUCAACAAGGGAAGAACCAACUAGAAAAAGUCAAAAUCAAGUAACGUCAACGGGAAAAGUUGAUGUUUACUAUUACAGUCGUGGUGUAAGAAACGAUGCAUCAUUGGUACCACCUAUAAGGCAAACUGCAUCCAUAUUUAAACAACCGGUUACUAUAUAUAAAACACAAGAGGGAAAAGUAAAAGAUGUAAAGCAUGGUAAUCAUGAGAAACCAAAACAGGAAGUAGCCGAUAAAGCUGAUGGUAAAUACGGCUCCCAAGAUAAGCCUAAGCAGCUAUUUUGGGAAAAACGUUUAGAAGGCCUAAGAGCUUGUGAUCCAGAUGGAUACGAAUUCGAUGCAAUGGAUUUACCAAAAUCUCUUAAACCUGUAGGCCCUUAUAUAACAGAGGAAACUUUGCUGCAAAGUGUAGCAACAGCCCUUCAUGUAUCCUCUCAACCUGUUACGGGUCAAACAGGAUCUAAAACGGCUCUGGAAAAAAAUCCCGGAGUAUUUCUCAAUCCUGAGCAACCCCUUGUACAGGCUGUUUCUAUAGCAGACGAAGAUAUCAAACGACAAGAAGAUUGUGUAGCACUUGCAAGAAAAAAGUUGCAAGAAGCGUUGGAAGGGAUACCUACGUAAAGUUUAGUAGACAUGUUAUCAUCAAUACAUUCUUUAAUUUUAAGUUCAUUUUAAUUUAUAUUACACAUUUUAGAUUUUUUAUAAUAAGUAUUUUA